AGGGUGCUUUCUGUAUUUUGUUGAUAAAAUCAUACAGAUUUUGAUUUAAACCUUUUUGCAAUGAACAAGUGAACAAAUCAAAAGAAAUGGAAAUUGGAGAAGCAGAAGAAGUUAUUAGGAGAUUGGAUUCUGCUCUUUUUCACAUCAAAUGGCGCCUCAAAUCUCAUGCCAAGCAUCGUCUCCAUCUAGAUAUUGUAGCAUUGUGUACAGAGAUGAGGCCUGUUAUUAUGGUUGACUAUGGUGGAAAGAUGCCUGAGUUGCAGGACCGUUUGUGUUCGCUUAUUAAACAUUGUCAGCAGGAGUCAUCUAUGUUUGACCAACUUAAAGUUAUGAUUAUAGAAGAUAUGAUAUAUUUGAUACAUGUAAAAGGGCUUGCGGAGUAUGUUCAAUCAAGCUUGAAAUCUGAAGUAGAACUACUCUUCGUGGACCUAGAACAAGAUCCUCCAAAGAUAGUAACACAAGCGGAAGAAAGCUUGCUAGCAACAGAACUUAUAGGAGUCCAGAAGUUAUUCUCCUUGUCUUUUCCUACCAAUGAUACGAACAAUGAUGUGUCAUCAUGCCACUUGAAGGAUAUUGUGCCUAAUGCUGCAGAGAGUGUGACUAGUGCUGAAUCGUCUGUCAAUAAGCUUAUAACCUCUCACUCUUCUAAUUUUAUUGAUCUCAGUAUCUGCAUGAAGGACACUAAUGUCACAGUGCCAACUUUAAAUGGCUGGCUUCUUGGUUAUCCGGUAGUGUACCUAUUCAGCAAGGAGCACAUUGCUGAUGCAAUCUAUAAUCUUUCCACCAAGUACUUACGAAUCUUUCAGAUAUUAGUUUGCAGGAAUAUUUCGCCCAAUAAAGGAUCACGUUUUGAAGAAUUGAUGAGCUUCUCGGUGCCUUAUGAACUGAGCAUGGGAGGAAGCAAGGAACCAUGGGCAGAGGCGUUUCUGGCUCGGAUGCAUUUGAGACGGGAAAAGUGCAAAGAAAUUUGGAGGCCAUUGAAGAUGGAGGUUAAUGAAUGCUAUCCACAAGCAAUUGUAUUGUAAUUUGUAAUUAUGUCAUCUCUUAACAUCAAACUAGGUACACUACCCAGCAAGGAAAGCAAGAAAUGUUUCUCUCCGGGAUAAGAAUAUGCAGGUGAUUUUAAAAAUUGUUCAUGAUGACAAUACCAUGAUUGUUUUUAUACAUUAUUAUUCUUAC